AUGCAUGUACUCAGCCUCGAUGCACAGGCACAUCUCAGAAAUAAUGGUGUCAUCGAGUCUCGUUCAGUACCGCGAAAGCUUGGAACGUGGGACGGAGUAUUCAUGCCUGUCAGUUUGAAUAUCUUGGGUAUCAUCCUAUUCUUACGUUUUGGAUUUAUCUUAGGUCAAGUUGGCUUGAUUGGUGCAUUACUCCUGCUGACCAUCUCUUACGCAAUCGAUGCAUUGACCGCAAUGUCCGUUUCUGCCAUUUCAACGAAUGGUCAAGUACGAGGAGGUGGUGCAUAUUAUCUCAUCUCCCGUUCUCUCGGUCCAGAAUUUGGAGGAGCGAUCGGGUUGGUGUUCUUCCUCGGUCAGGCUUUGAAUGCUGCCAUGAACGUCUUGGGUUUUGUGGAAAGUUUGACUGAUGCAUUUGGAGAAUCAAGAGAUGGCUUCUUGCCCGAAGGUCCUUGGUGGAACUUCAGCUACGGAAGCGUUUGCUUGCUUCUGUCUACUCUCGUUUGCCUUGUUGGAUCAGCUUUCUUCAAGAGAGCAACAUUGGCUCUGGCUGUCGUUCUGGGACUGGCAAUCCUCAGUAUUCCAGUCUCCUCUUUCGUCGUCAAACCAUUUAUCGAUUUAGAACGUGGAGCAUACUAUACCGGAUGGAGUCUCAAAACAUUCGAGAACAACCUCUUGCCACACUUCACUUCAGGCGCCGCUGGAAGUAGCACAGGACCUUUGAAAGAGAACUGGCAAACCGUGUUCGGUGUUCUCUUCCCUGCAGUAACUGGUCUGUUGGCUGGAGUAAGCAUGUCAGGCGAUUUGCGCAAACCUUCGAAGAGUAUCCCAAAAGGAACGAAUUGGUCUCUGAUAUUCACAUAUGGAGUUUACGUUCUAUGCUUUCUGGUUUUUGCGGGAACCAUUUCUCGACAAUCGUUUUAUCUUGAUGUCGGUAUCGUUUCAGAUGUCGCAUUAAGUCCGCAAUUGAUCACCUUUGGCGUUUUGGCAUCGACAGCAUUCUCAGCUUUGAUGGGCGUUAUGGCCUGUGGGAAAAUACUGCAAGCGAUUGCUCGAGACGAUUUGCUUCCUGUUCUGGAUGUCUUUGCUCAAGGAACGGAGGUGAAUGAUACCCCAAUAUAUGCUGUGGUGGCGACAUGGAUCUUUUGUCAAGCGGUACUAUUUGUUGAUAGCGUCAAUUUGAUUGCACAACUGGUCACCAUGACAUCCUUGUCGACGUUUGGUACUCUGUCCUUUGCAACAUUGGCCUUGAAAGCUGGUGGCGCACCAUCUUUUCGACCCUCAUUCAGAUAUUGGAAUAUCUGGACAGCUGGCGCAGGCACAUUGCUCUCUUUCGGUGCAAUGUUUUUCACUGAGCCUUACGCAGCAAGUGGGUGCAUUGUGUUGGCCGUAUUCUUAUUCUCAGCUAUCCACCUCUUCUGUCCACCUAAACCGUGGGGAGAUGUUACUCGAAAUCUCAAUUAUCACAUCGUCCGCAAAUAUCUUUUGCGCUUAGAUGAACGCAAGGGAAGAGUAACGCAUUGGAGGCCUCAAAUUCUGCUUUUGGCCAAUAAUCCAAGGACAGAUUGGAAUUUGAUCAUCUUCUGCAACAGCUUAAAGAAAGGAGCACUCUACGUCUUGGGUCACGUACUCAAGGGAGAAUUCAACGAAUGUCUCUUCGAACUCCGAAAGCAACAGAUUGCGUGGUUGAAAUUGGUUGAUGUAUCGGGGAUCAAGAGCUUUGUCAACCUGAAUAUUGCCCAUGACGAAAGAGAAGGUGCAAGGAAUUUGAUUUUGAGUUGUGGCCUGGGUGGAAUGCGUCCUAAUAUCGUUUGCCUUGGAUUCCCUCGCAAUUUACCCAAAGGGCCUAUUGCAGAAGCUGCAGGUGCUCGAACAGCACCUAUCAAAAAGGAUGACAGUGAGAUCACAAUUCGACCGGGCGCAGAAGAAAUAAAUCAUCAGUCUAUCGAUGUACGAACACUACCUACGGAUGUUGGACGUAAAGAAACACCUAUUCAGCCAAGUACGUUUGUAGGUAUUUUAGAGGAUGCUUUGGCUCUGCAGAAGGCUUUGGCGGUAGCCUAUGGAUUUGAGAAUAUGUCUUUAGGUGGACCAUCAACCCAAUAUCGCCGUGAACAGAAAGCAAAAGGAGAAGAGGAAGAUUUGUACAUCGAUCUUUGGCCGGUACAAAUCCAAAGUCCUGAAGCAGAUCAAUCGCAUGCUUGGGAUACUUAUACGAUGAUUUUGCAACUAGGUACAAUUCUAAGCAUGACGGGAUCAUGGAAGAAUCAUAAAUUACGUGUAUCCGUCUUUGUUGAAUUCGAGCAAGAGAUAGAGGAAGAAAGAAGAAGGGUUCGAUCUUUGUUGGACAACUUGCGUGUUCCUGCUACGUUGAGGGUGUUCUCACUUUCUGCCGAGCAAGUGACAAGUUAUGCAUGCAUUGUUCGUGGCAAAGAACCUGUUCCAAAACCUAUUGAAGUUGUUUUGGCUGGUGAUCCAUGGUGGGAGAUGUUGAAAUCACUACGCAAGGAAGAAGAGAGAAGACAACAAGAAAAGGCUGAAAAGCGUAAAUCGAACGCUCAGCCUGUGCCAGGCAGUAGCUCAAGCACAAAAAGACAAUCAAAGCGAGAUCAAAAGCUGUUGGGUGUUUCAUUGCCAAAAGAACAUUUGGACUUCUUCCAGCAUAAUAUGCAAAUCGGUUUAGCCCAUCCUCGUGCAGCCCGCCGAUCUCGCAGCGAAAGUGACAGUGAAAGCGAAACUUCGGCAAGCGAAUCAGAUAGCGAUGGCGAUUUGAGCGACGAGCUUGCCAGAUUGGAUCUGGAUGACAUUGACUUUUUGAGCAGUAGCGCAGGAAGUAACAACAAUGGCUUACGAAGAGCUCAAACAUUCAGCACUGGAGGCAACCAACCAUCUCGAGGUCAAAGAACUUCCUCCAACAUGCGUAGAAGACGUGGUGGUGGUGGACGACCACAACGCACACGAACGUAUGAAGGACAAAUUCAACGUGAUCUCGCAAAUGUUGGCUCAUAUGGGUCUAUGAGCAGCACGCCUCGACCGAGCACGUUCCGCAACUCUACCAUUCAUGAAGUAGCUGCAGCAGAAGAAGAAGCAAGUGAUCCAGAUGGUACAUUGAGAGCAUCAGAUCGGGCACGUAUUCAAGCUGCCUUACAACAGAAGCCAAAGCUUUCAUCCAGAAAUACGAAGGAUGGCACGCCUCCAGCAUCAAGACCAAGAAGCUUAUCUAGUGUAAGUGACGUAUCGAUCUACGACGGUGAAGAAGGAGCAGGACGAGGAGAACGUGGGGACAAAGGAACUUCCCGCUCUCAACAUGGAAAGUCUCUGGUUACGUUCAAUCAAUUACCCAACAAAGCACAAUAUUUGAUCUUGAACGAACUGAUUCGUACAAACUCAUCUGCUUCUACAUCGGUCGUUUUGACUGCUUUACCUGCGCCUGAAGCAGGCACAUCUCAAGAUCCUAAUCGUAGUUUACGCUAUUUGCAACAUCUUGAAAAUCUUUUCAGCGGUGGUCCACCAGUACUUGGUGUUCACGCCAAACAAUUAACGAUGACUUCUGCUCUCUGAGCAUGAAAGACUCAUUUUUAUACCUAUUCUUAAUAUAUAUCUCUAUCAACGUG